GUGCACUGCGCAGUCGCGUCGCUGGCGCAAAAGUAGCAAAGCGCGUCGGUUCGCGGUUGGCGAAGAGCAAUUGCGCAUGCGUAGUUUUACGGUUGCAGUGAGGUGGGAAAGGCUAGGCUGGAGUUGAAGCCUUUGGAAGGAAGAGGCGGAAGAUGGACGAGCUUCAGUCUUCGGAGGAGACAGCAUUUGUUGUGGAUGAAGUAAGCAACAUCAUAAAAGAGGCCAUAGAAGGCACAAUAGGUGGUAACGCAUAUCUGCAUAGCAAAGUGAACCAAUGGACUACCGGUGUUGUAGAACAAAUUCUAAGUCAGCUGACAAAGCUGGGGAAACCUUUCAAAUACGUUGCACUGUGUCUUCUGGAAUUUACAGUGACAUGUGUGAUUAUGCAAAAGAAUGGUGCUGGACUUCAUACUGCAAGCUCUUGUUUCUGGGACAACUCUGCUGAUGGAACCUGCACUGUGAGAUGGGAGAACAAGACUAUGUACUGUAUUGUCAGUGCCUUUGGACUUGCAAUAUGAUUGCCUUGGACCUCUUCAGCCUUUGUAUCAUCACUUCCAUUUCAUAAGUCCACUAAAGCUGUGAAUUCAAGGAACAAUUUUGUUUUUAAAAACUUCUAACUUCUUCCAAUGAGAAAAUGGGGAAGCAGUUUCUAUGCUGUUACAUAAACACCUCAUCCCUUACCCGUGUCAAAUUACUUCCUGUCUUAACACUUUAAGGACUCUUUCUCAAGGUGCUAAAACCUGAAACGUGCUGCACUUCUUCAGCUUUGCUCCAACUGGUUUAAAUAAGACUAACUUUCACACUAUAGUUUUUUGUUAUUAAAUUAUUGAAGUUCUGAA